AUGGAAUAUCUAGCGCCAGAACACCAAGAUAUUGCCGAAGAAGGACUUGAUGAAUUACGACUAAAGUUACCGUCAGCUGAAAAAGAUGUCCUUGAGAAAGUAAAAGCGGAAGAAACGCCAUUUCCUCGUCUGUUUAAAAUAGCACAGGAUUUCACGAGUAAAAAUCUGCCGACCGCAUCAAUCAUAUGGGAAUACUUGCUAGAGAAAGCCACGAGCAAGCAACAAAAAUUUGAUGUUAUGAACAAACUCUUUCAUGUUCAGAUCGCAACAGGUCCUUGGAGAGUCGCUGUAGAGACAGCAAAGAAAUUAUAUCAAGACACCGCUCUAGAGUUCUCAUCUGAUGGUUUGAAGGGACUCACGGGAAAUAAAAACCGUCUCGGUGCGUUUAAUGCAAUUAAUUCAAAUAAUACUUAGUAUCAUUAAUAGUAGAAUGUCCGAUCACGUCGUAUCGAAUGUUUAAUUUUUUCGCUUUAUAGUUUUGAUUGUCGCGCUAACUUCCUUGCGUGACUGCUCAAGGUAUAGUCACGCUUUCCACAUUUUAGUUAUCGAAGGGGGCAUUGAUAAACAAGUAUCAACAAAUUUAAGUAGUAUUUAAGAAGUUCCAAAAACGGAUCCCCUGUCAAAGUUUCUUAAUGUAUCCCAAAUAACUGGAGGCGAAAUAACCCUUUUUUUUCGAUUAGAAUCAUAUCUGAGUUUGGAGUGACGGAGUUGAACUUAGAUCGAAAAGGUAGGAAAGACUAAAGUUGGCAGAAUGAAGAUUUACCGAAGGUAACAAUAUGCCUGUCAAAAUAUCCGCAAAAAGAAUGACUCUCGAAAUACUACUGAUGAAUAUUGUGGUUUUUGUCUUGUUAUUUCUGCCGUUCUUUGUAUUUUAAAUAAUUAUUGUUAUAUCUUCAUUAGAACCCCUUAUAGCAGUACCACUCUUAUUUGAAGCUGCUCUGAAUCUCGGAACAAUACAUCGCCUUCUUAAAGAACUAAACGAAGCUGAGGAAUUUUGUCGGAAGGCGUGGAACAUUGCUACAUCUGUGAAAGAUAUUGACAGAGAAUCCUUAGCUAAAAUACAUCUAGCAAUUUGUUUGCUCGAUCGCGGAGAACUAAGACAGGCCAUAGACACCUAUUUCAAGCCACUGAUGGUUUCCAAAGCAACAUUGAAACCUCGCACAAGAGCUCUUUACCUUCAAUAUUAUGGUAAUGCCUGUAGAUCUGCGGCAGACUGGGGCAGAGCUAAAGAGUAUCUCCGAGAAGCCCUGGACCUUGCCAAGGAAGUGAGAGACGUUGGUCUUGUGUCCAGUUGCUGCGGGGACCUGGGUAACGUUUUCAGAUCGGAAGGAAGGUAUUAAGGUUUGUAUGUAAUUCAGAAAUUUCAUCCUGUUACUUUUGUGAGGUGUUUGAAAGAAGACACAUGCUUUGUAGAGUUUCAGCUUAACAAUUUGUUAGAUACAAGGGUGUAGCCAGGGGUGCACGGUGACCCCCACAUUCAACUUCUUCAAGAAAAAAACAUAGUUGAUGAUCAACCUUGUUAGAUGUUAGAGGGUAGGUACAGUAUGCUUAGAAGAUCUUGGGAGCUGAAGGAUUAUGUUCAUCUUUUCAGUGUGUCUCCUCUAACCGCCCUAUUCCUAACAUAAAAAUCAUCAUCAAGCACUCAUUCGUUCCAGGUUUAAAGAUGCAGAGCAGCUCUUCUCACUUCACCACAAGUUCGCAUUGAGCAGAGGAGACAUCCAUGGCCUGGCUAUUGCUUGUGGCAAUAUCGGAUUCUUGAAGUUUUACAACCCCGAAGAGUUUGAUGAUUCCGUGGUGUACCAGUUCGUUGAAUACUCGCUUGCUGAGCAAGUGGGCGAUUUUGCACGAAUGGGAAUUGCAUUUAACAAAAUUGGCAAACUAUAUACUGCACUGGGUUUCAAUGAAGAAGCCGAAGAGAUGUUCAAAAUCGCCAUCGAUGGUGCACGCAGGGCGGACAACAUUGCUGGCGAAGGGAUGGCGUGGGGAAAUUUAGGCACGGUCUACAGAGCUUUAGAAAGGUUUGAAGAUGCGAUUGAUUGCCAUGUAAAGUAUCGAGAUAAUGCUGAAAGGCGAAUGGAUAUCGGUGGGGUAGCCAUUAUGCAGCAUCAGUUAGCCAUGGACUACAUCCUUUCUGGAAAGCUACCGGAAGCAGAGAGGUCGGUUCUCGAUGCGUUUCAAACACUGGAUAGAAUCCGCUCACAAGUCGGUGGAGAAGACAAAUCGAAACUGUCUAACUUUGAGAAGAACCAAGCCGAGGCAUAUAAUCUGUUACAAGUUGUACUUGUCGCGCAGGGGAAGUUUAAAGAGGCUCUUGUUUUAGCUGAUGCAAGCAGAGGACGAGCAUUGGCGGAAAUUGUUCGGAAACGAUUAUCAGGCUGUAGCGAUAUCUCUAGUGGAGAAGAAACGGUAACUCUUAAUGAAGAGUUUAUCGCCGAAUCCUUCAACAAUCUUGUGGAAAUCAGUCGUAAGCGUUCCACAACACUUGUGUUUUACUCGGUGGUGAAAGAGUUUGACCAAUCAGGGGCAUAUUUCACGUGGGUGUACACCUGGGUGUUAUGUCCUUCCGGGAGCCUUAAUUUCAACAAAACUCGUCUGCAGCACGAUUUGGAGACGAAAGUUGAGGUUAAUGACGAGUUUCUAGUGUCCCUGAGACGAUCUAUGGGCCAGCAAUCUCAAAUGGGAGCAGUGGGCGAGAUUCUGAGAUCAUGUGGAGAGCAAAACAAGGUUUCCAGGGAGGCUAAGAUACCUGUUGCUACACUUAAAGGCGAGGACGUCUUGAGUUCUCUGAAAGGAUUUGAACACGAGUUUACAACCGGUUGGCAGAGUAUUGGUAUUUCGCUCAAAACUAAGGAUCAAGGAACACAAGAACACAUGAUGGUACUGAAAGAGUCCUCAAUAUCUAAUGAGGAAAGAACCUUUGACGAGUCAACGUGUAACCAAGAGGGCUGGUUAGUGAAAAAAACAGUUGCAGAGAUAUCAACCGCCUCCAAAACCGAGCUAUGCAGUGUAGAAAGUUCAGAAUCGUACGAAGUGUCGAGUAAAGAGGAAGUCCAUUCAAGUGGAUCCAUGAAGCUAAGCAGUGUCACAAAGCAAAGUGUAACUUUCGAUGAACCUGACAAUUUUUCUGGUAAGUCUUCCCUCAUAGUUGAAUGCCCAGAGGAAGACCUCCAAGACAACGUGAAGACGCAAAGCAAAUUGGAGAAAGAUAAAUCAUCUUUUGAAGCAAGUGAGGAAAGCCUUCAUCAUCCGAUAAGUGAUUCCGUGUAUGCACACUCGUGCACACAUUUGGAGUCCAAUACAGCUAAAUCUGAGGUAUUGAUUGCCUCAAAAGCGGGUGACAAUCCUAUUAAAGAAGAAUGUCUAAUGACAACAAGUCAAAACGGUCCUGGCGUUCCCGCACCAGGCCUUGAACAUGAUAUCACCAUCAAGCCUUCACCUGAGGAAUCUAAUUCUUCUCUGCAAAGUGACAACAACAUUGAAAAAGAAUAUGGAGAUCAGUCCCCUGCAAAAGUAGAUGGUGACGUUUCUUUGGGCACAUUGUCAGGUCCCUUAAAUGAUGUUAUAACUAAGCCCUUAGGCGCACAUUCAAAGGUACACAAAAAGGAACCUAAGAGUGACCCAGAACUGGAUCCUUGGAUACCAAUGCUGAGCCAACUUCACAAGAUUCUUAUUGAGCCCAUUAUGGAUUUCCUGCCCAAAAAGGAUGAAUCUCAAAGGGUGACUUUCAUACCCCAAGAUUUUUUGCUCAAAGUUCCCUUCGCUGCUUUGCAAAGUGACGUUAGUGGUCACUAUUUCAUUGAGGACUUCAUAAUUUCAACCAGUCCAGCGAUCCACUUUCUCGAUUUAGCCUGCGCUUCUUGUGAAACCGCUGAAAAGAACACAGCGCCUCCGGAGCUAAGUCUCCUUGCAGUUGGAAACCCCAUCAUGCCUUUCGAAGAACUUCCACAGCUCCCCUCUGCAGAGCGUGAAGUGCACAUGAUUACAAAGACUAUCAACUCGCCAAUGUCUGAAAUUCUUAUAGGAUCUCAGGCUAAAAAGGCGGUAGUGAUGGAGGCCAUGCCAAAAUACAAGAUCCUACAUUUUGCAACGCACGCUAUUAUCGACAACGAAGACUCUCAUGGGGAUUUUAGCAUGAGAGGACUUAUUGUUCUCGCAAAGUCUGGGCUCGAAUGUAAUGGUAUUCUCACGGCUGAAGAAGUGAGGGGCUUGGAACUGAAUGCUGAACUUGUUGUGCUGAGCUGUUGUGAAACCGGACUGGGUAAAGUGACAGGCGAUGGAAUACUGGGUGAGUUGGUGACUUUUUUUGUAGAUUUUUUUACGCCUAUGUUUAUAUUUUCGAUAUUCCUAUCUUGUUCUUAGCCUUUCCAAAUUUCGAAGACACAAACAAAUCCAUCUGAUAGGAAUAUCUAUUGGAAGUCAUUUUCACAACGUUUAGGGUAGGUCUCGAUGGCCCAAAGAGUCUAGACGGGUAGGAGUUGGGAACAAGUUUAAGCUGAGACUGGACGCAAGCAGGGGCUGAUGGAAGUGAUAAGUGUAAAGCUUUUAAUUUAUGUCGUUAAUUCACUCGUUAUGGGUUUUUGGAUUCUCCCCAUUCUUUCCAGCGUUUUAGUUUGCUGAAAACAAAAAAUUCUAAGGCGUCGCGCCCUUUUCACUCCAAACAACGGACAACGGACAACGGAUUGUUCCAUAUGUGUAUUUAUACAUCCUUACUACCCAAAAUAUUCAAUGCGUCGGUGAAUCGCAUAAGUUCAUGAAGAGAACCUUCAUUUACUAGGAAGAGUAAUUUGAAUGUGAAUAAUGCAGAUAGCAAGUGACUCGAUUGUCUGAAGUAGCCCUUCAUUAAAUCUGUUGGACAAUAUCUUGUUCAACCUUAACAAUUGCUUUCCUUCUGAUAGGCUUGUCACGGGCGUUUCUGGCAGCUGGUGCAGCUUGCGUGAUUGUCACGCUAUGGAAGAUUGAUGACAAUUCUGCUUCUGAAUUGAUGACGUCAUUCUAUCGUGAAUACAAAUCUUCCCGUGAUGCUGCGGUAUCGUUACAGAAGGCCAUGAAAACUGUUCAAACUAAAGAGGACACUCGAAGUCCACAACAUUGGGCUGCGUUUUCCAUUGUCGGUGUUCCCGCUGUCAAAUGACUCUUUUCCAACGAACUAAAUACGUUGUUUAGUUAAAAAUUUCAAAAUAGUGCAAACUUUAGCUGAGCAUCGAUAGUCAUUCAGGAUACGUCAUCCUCCAAAUUUUUUUAUUCACUUUUAGCACAUGGUGUGUUAAUGAGCCUAAGAUUUGUUACCAAAAGUUUUGGGAACAGCUAUGAGCGAUAGAAACCACAGCUACAGCUUUCUCAUUUUGCAACAAAAUUUUACAUACUACCAGAUAAUAACAACAAUAUUCAGUUAAUUCUAAAAUUAUACAAUGUCAGUGGACUCUCCAACCGGUUGUUGGUUUGUUUUUCAACUAAAGUUUUUCUGCUCACAGUCUAAUACUGACUCUAAAUCUAAACAAAGUUUGAAGUAAUCCCACUAAAAUCAACUACUAUGUUAUUGAAUUUCGUAUGUUAACAUUUUUAAGCCACAAAAAUUGUGGAGGCUGCUAUUUACAUUUGUUUAAGUAGGAAAUGCAAAACGAAGCACAGUUGGCAAAAGGUACCAACAAAUGUAAUGUAACAUACACCAGAUGAAAGUUUGGUUGACUCGUCUAUCUCUAAGCUGUUUGAAACAAACAAGUUUUCUUUGUAUUAUUGAAUAGCAAGGAAUGUGGUAAACAAUAAACACAAAACCCUUUUUAUACUUAUUUCAACUUAUUGA